GACAAUCCGAUAAUUGGUUGACAGUUGACGCAUAAAGAUCAUGCUGCCAACCGUCAACUCAGUCAACCAUGCUUUGUUGCAGUUUUUCUUUCGUAUAUUUGCAAAAGAUGCUAUUUUCAAGCUUAGUGAUUAUCCUACAUAACAUAUUCGUUCGGAAAUCACUACGAGGCAGUUGAUCUUUUUUGUCAAACUAUUGAUUGGGUUAUAUUAUAAGUGUUAUAUUUAUUUAUCAACCAUUGAUUCUAAUCGUGGAUCAUGAAACUACAGGCUUUGGGAAGGUACCGUUUGGAUAAUGAAGUUCUUGGCAAAGGCAACUUCGCCCGUGUAGAACUUGCAACGCACAGCGUUCUGAAUGCCAAGGUGGCGAUCAAGAUCAUCGACGUGGACAAGGUGAAGGAGGAGUAUGUCCGCCGCAACCUGGGCCGAGAGGUGAAGGUGCUCUCCCGACUGCGACACCCCAACAUCGUCCGACUCUACGAGACGAUGAUGUCGGGUCACCUCUACUGCCUGGUGAUGGAGUACGCUCCCGGUGGUGACCUCUGCUCGCUGGUCAAGGCUCAGCGCGAGCGGCGCUUCCCUGAGGGCCGCGCCCGACCCUUCUGCCGUCAGCUGGUCUCGGCACUCACCUAUAUGCACGGCCGAGGGAUCAUUCACAGAGAUUUGAAGAUGGAAAACAUUAUGCUGAACUCUACCAAAGAUGUUCUAAAAAUUGUUGACUUUGGCCUGAGUAACUGCUGGUCGCCGGAGAACCCGCUCAAGAGCCACUGCGGCUCCCCCGAAUACGCCGCUCCCGAGCUGUUCGUAGUCGGAAGGACAUACGGGCCAGAGAUCGACGUCUGGAGCAUGGGCGUGGUGUUUUACGUGCUGGUGGUGGGUCGGCUGCCGUUCCUCUCCUCCAAACAGGAGGGCCUGACCCACCAGGAGCGCCGGGACCGGCUGAUCGCGCACAUCAACCAGGGACUGGGCGGCACACACCGCUCCGACAUGAAACACCUCGGAUCGGAGUGUCGCCGCCUGCUGUCCAAGGUGCUGGAGCCGCAGCCGGCCCGGCGCCUGACGCUCAGACAUGUGGCCGUCCACCCAUGGCUGACGCACAAGGGCCUGUCGCCGCUGGCGGGGUACCAGCACCCGCGCGUCAGCAGCCGGCAGCACGCAGCCGCGGUCCACCGGAUGUCGGAGCUGCUCUCCAUCAAGCCGCAGCUGAUCGAGGAGCGCGUGCUGAAGCAGAUGUACGAUGACAUUGCCGGAAUGUACAACAUCCUCACCAACAAGCCCGACAUCUCGCUGGCCGCGCGGCUCCCCGAGGAGGCCCGUAUCCGUCCAGUAGAGACCCGCACGCCGUCCAAACGGCCGCUGACGAGCAGUAUCGAGUCCAACUCGCCCCUGCGGCCGCCGGCGCCGGCCAGCCUCCGUCCCGCCGCCGGCACCCCGGCCGGCUCCACGGCGGCCAGUCUGCGCUCCGGGCUGUCCGUGCUCCGCUCCGGAGCCUCCGACGCGCGCGGCGCCGACCGGCGGCCGACCCUGCGCCGCAUAGCACACCCGAUACGACCCACCACCGCGCCGGCCGCCAAGACGGUCUCCCGCACCGGCGCGGCGCCGACCCCUCCGACUCCGGCGCUCAGUGUCACCUCCACAACGACAGACGUGACGGUGAGGCGGCCCUUGGGACCGGCGCUGGCCGCCAGACGCCGCCUGCCGCUGUCCGGGGAGAUGAGAGCUCCCAGGGUCAGAGAAGAGCCCUCCCCGGUGGUGCCGGAGGCGAGGACCCGCACCACGGCUACUGCCAUCUCUGGAAGGAGCACGGCGCCGCCCGCCGCCAGACACGACACGACAACACCCGUGUCAGUAUCGAGCGGCUCUGAGCGCGCCUGGGGCUCGCCACGCCAGCGGGCCGACAGUAAAACCCAGUGGCCGGACGUGCCGUGGGACACGCCGCGUCGACACAACCUCACUGACGACCAGAAGGUGCGUACUGACGGGACGGUCGGACGGCGCGUGGGAGGGACCAGGCCCGACGGUGACGUCCUGCUGGUCUCGGGAGCGGAGGACGAGUUCUCCUCGCUCUAUGACGACCUCACGGACGACUCGUCGGCGGCCGACGAGCCGAUACGAGUGGUGAUUAGACGCCGGCCGACGGACGGAGGAGGGGGCUCGGCGGCGGCCACGGCCCGACCCGAGCUGCGCCGGCCGCGGACCGUGGGACUGGACCACGGAGACGACCGGGAGCGGAUCACGACCGGAGCUGGAGUGCGUCAUAUUGGAGUCACGAGAUUCGGUGACGAGGAUCAGGAGGCGAUGGCGCGGCCGAUCGCUCGCAAAUCGCCCUCCGAGUCACAGCGGCGCGACCAGCCGAGUCCGCGGGCCCUGGCGGCACGCCGCCGCUCUGCUCUGCCCAUAGCCAAGUGCACGCUCCGCUCGCCGCUAAAGCACGCCUCCUCGGCUCACGCGUGGCUAAGCGGGCCGGGUGCGGUGCGCAGCUCCGGCUCCUGGUCCAGCCACGACCGGCUCGACUUCAGCGGUGGCCGCGAGGGGCGUCACCAGUCCAGUCAGCAGGCGGCGCCGGCGGCGGCGCAGCAGAAGGCCGGUCUGAGGGAGUCGGAGACGCAGACCGGCGGCGAGACGUGGCGGGCCGAGCCGGCCGACACGCGCUCCCAGGUGCUCCGCUACAUGGUGCAGCGCGAGGAUCUGGUGCCCGGCCACGGCGUGACACCCUACAGCAAGAAACCGUCGACGGCGCACCGGCUGGGCAGCGCCGGCCGACGGGCGACAGAGGAGGGGUCCUCCACCUCAGCCGACACAGGAUCGGUGCCGCGGGGCAAGUACCGUCCACAGACAGUUGCCAGCGACCCGAGCCAGCUCAAACAGUCGCGGGCCAGCCGCGUGCUGCGGCCCAGCGUCGUGUCGGGAGAGGAGCGCUCGACGGGACGGACGGCCGCCGUCCGACACAGGGACACGGGAAUGUGGUGAAGCCAUAUGGACCUCUGAGCGGCCGUGACGGAGGCGGCUCCCUCUGCGUCUGACACCAGGGCGGCGCCACUGUCGGCGCAGGACAGUCGCCGGCAGCGGCGGGCAGCUGGGUGACGGGCCGGGCGAGCUCGGGUGGUUUUAGACUGCUGUAUAGUGAGAAGCGGAUGGGUUGGGGUGGAUGGGUGGGGAAUAAGAACUGAGCGUUGAUGAGGGGUGGGAAUGAAGCGAGCCCAGUGCUGGUGCGACGACGGACCCCAGUCAAGAGGUGUCAGUAGGGAGAUGGUGAACAUUUGUGCAAAGAAUUGGAAUGGUGGAUAGUCGUGGCUCGAAAACAACUUAUAAAGAGGAAACCAACCUAGCAUAAAUGACUGAUUCGAAAUUAAAUUUCUGAUGUUAUCAGCA